UUGUCCAAAUCAUUAUUAAAAUGUGGAAGAGCACUGGGUCCCGGGCUGAACCCUGCAGCACCCCACGUGUUCCCUCUCCCCAGUUUGAGAAGGUCCCACUCUGGAGCACUCUUUGCGUCCUGUCCUGCAGCCACCUGUGGAUCCACCUGAUAGUUGUUCCAUCUAGCCUAAUUUUAGCUGGUUUGCUGAUCAUGAUAUCAUGGGGCAUUUUCUCAAAAGCUUUGCUGAAUAACUUUCCCACAGCCCAUUAGGGAGGUUAUCCAAUCAAAAAAUGAAAUCAGAUUAGUCUGGCAGGAUUUGUUCUUGAGAAAUCCAUGUUGGCUUCUAAUAAUUGCUGCAUUGUUUUCACAGUGUUUGCAGAAUGAUUGCUUUAUAAUCUGCUCCAGAAUUUUCCCAGGGAUUGAUGUCGGAUUGAUCGGUCUGUAGUUUCUAGGUUCUUAUUUUUUUCCUUUCUUGACGAAGGGGGUGACAUUAGCCCUUCCCCAGUCAUCUGAUGCUUCCCUGUCCUGCAUGAUUUCUUAAAGAUAAUAAGAAACCAUCAUGCCUGUCAAGUCACAAGACAUGAUAUGGACUGAGAUCUCUCCCAUAAUUUCAGGCAUUCUUCCUGCCGUGACAGACGGCAGAAUUCCAUCUUGGCCUCCUCUGCCACACUUCUAUUCUUCCUGCAUCAUGACACUCCCUCAGGUGCAGGUGGCCUUUGAAGAGGUGGCCGUGUACUUCACAGAGCCGCAGUGGGCCUUGCUGGACUUGAGGGGAAGAGCCCUCUACUGGGAAGUCAUGCAAGAGAACUACGAACAUGUGACUUCGCUGGGGGUUCUUCUCACCCUGAAAGACAGCACACACUCUUCUCAACUUCCUUUGGCGCCAUCUUGCUCUGCCAGCACCAUGGAGCUCCCUAAGGUGCAGGUGGCCUUUGAGGAGGUGGCCGUGCAUUUCACAGAGCAGGAGUGGGCCUUGCUGGACGCAAGGGGAAGAGCCCUCUACUGGGAAGUCAUGCAGGAGAACCACGAGCAUGUGACUUCGCUGGCAGGUAAUGGUUCCCAACAAACUCGCCCCCAAAUGAGAGACCCUUACGGUAGAUUUCUGGGCUGUUCCCAAGAGAAGGACUCUUUAAAUACUCAUAAAAAUGGCCAGAAGCCAGCAAGCCUGCAUGAGAAGCAGUCAAUGGAGAGGUUGGGUGAGUCAAAAGGAAGCAACAAGGCUGCAAACGGUCCUCCAUCUGACGUGGUAGAGAGGAAGGAUUCUUGUCCCAAGUGUGGAAAAAGCUUCUGUCAUAAAUCAGCACUCACAGCACAUCUGAGAAUCCACACAGGAGAAAAGCCAUAUCAGUGCCAGGAGUGUGGGAAAAGCUUCAACCAGAGCUCAGCCCUAACUCAGCAUCAGAGAAUCCACACUGGGGAGAAACCCUACGUCUGCCUCAGCUGUGGGAAGCGGUUCAGUCAAAGCUCGUCACUUUCUCAACACCAGCGAUUUCAUACUGGGGAGAGGGCUUACACGUGCCUCGACUGUGGGAAAAGCUUUGUUUACCAGUCGGCCCUGAUUCGGCAUCGGAGGAUUCACACUGGAGAGAAAUGCUAUAAAUGCCCUGACUGUGGAAAAGGCUUCAACCAAAGCUCCAACCUUAUUACACACCGGAAAAUUCAUAAUGGGAAUGGGACAGUUUGUGGGAAUGAGAAGAAGAAUCAGCAACAGGAAGGUUACGAGAAAUUAAAACCACAUGGAAUUGUUUGCAGGACAUUUCAACAAGUUUCUCCUCAAAACCCUCAGCUGCAAAAGGAUCCUCAGAACAGAGGACAUUUGGGGAGCGAUCCCUUAGAGAAGGCUCAGGGUCUUCCUGCUCCUGCCACAGGAAGCUUCAUACCUCAGAAGGACAGCACAGUAAAGAUAAGAGGCCGUAGAGUUAAGCGGUCACUUGUAUGUGAUGACUGUGGGAAGAACUUCAGGUACAGCUCCCACCUGGUCAACCACCAGAGGAUCCACACGGGAGAGAAACCCUAUCACUGCACGGACUGUGGGAAGUGCUUCAUCCAGAGCUCAGCCCUCAAGAGGCACCAAAGGAGCCACAGAGGAGACAGGCCCUACCAGUGCGCUGACUGUGGGAAAAGCUUCAGCCGGAAUUCGCACCUGGCCAAACACCGAGGGGUUCACACGGGAGAAAAACCCUACGAGUGCCUUGAGUGUAGGAAAAAGUUCAGUGUUAAGAUGAACCUGGUGAUUCAUCAGCGCAUCCACACAGGAGAGAAGCCAUACGCCUGCUUGGAGUGUGGGAAAUGCUUUAGCCAGCGCCCCCACUUCAUUAUCCACCGGAGAAUCCACACAGGCGAGAAGCCUUACGAGUGCCCUGACUGUGGCAAGACUUUUCGCGUGAGCUCACACCUUGUUACACACCAGAGAAUCCACACAGGGAAAACUUCCUUCAUCUGUCCUGAUUGUGGGAAAAGCUUUAAUGGUAGCAAACAGUUUCUUCAGCAUAAGAGGUCCCACACCACUCAGGAGGGCUGUCAGCCGCCCAGGGCAAGGAUGCUGGUCAAAACUGAACUAUCUGCUCCUGAUGCUGUUCUUCCGGAAGGCAGUAGCAGCAGCCCUGGGACCGAUAAGUGAGCUUCCAUGGCUGCAUUUAGCUAAGGCAGGGAUCCCAAAACUUUUUGGGUCAGUAGGCAUAUUUAACAUUUUGAGAAUGUGUUGUGCUCUCACAAAAUGGCUGUCGUGAUGGGAGUGGCCACUCACAAAACAUCCAGAAGACAAACUGGUGUGACUUAAAGAGAAGUAACUUGCCUAAAUUCCUAAAGAUAAGGCAGAGGUCAGGGUUCUAUUUCAAAACAUGAAAACACUCCUUUGAACCUACAGUUUUCUGCUCUAGCACUCAUUUUUUCAAAAGGCAAACUUGUGAGGCUCAAAGGCAAGUAACACGGGCAAGAAUAUGAGUACAAAGCAUAGGUAGGGUUUAAGCUCAAGGUGCUACAUCACGUAUUUGUCCCAGUAAAACAAAAUGCUCUUUUCACAGGAAGCAAAUUGGUGAAGCUCAGAUCAACACACAACACACAGUUAAAACACCUGCCCAAACUAGGCCAAGCACAUGUACCACACGCAAAAUACAGGUAAAGCACUUUGCUCUUCCUCGAGUGCAUGCAUGUACACACUCAGAAGCACAGCCUAUUCCUUGCUUCCCACCCUUUCUUGCCCUCUAGGACACCCUGCAAGCAGCAGAGGUUUCAGCUGACCAGCUCAGGACAGCAGCCCGUGGGUCUACUGGCAUGUGGAAAAUCAACAAAUCUAUGUUUUCUCCUCCUCGUUUCAUACCAUACAAGGUUGGAAAGGAUUUUCCUCUGGUAGAGACCUGCAAAGUUUGUGCAAUGUUUGUGUUCCUCCCUGAAGCUAACGUGGCAUGUGCCUGCAAUAAAGGUAAAUCAGGUUGCACUAUCAGAAGAAGAAGCGAGAGGCUUGAGUGGCAGGUGCCCAUCCACCAAGGAAUAAGAGCAAGCGAAUUGUGCUUGGACACAACAGUGGAACUCCACGAACAACAAGAACCACCAGAGCUGGAAGAGGACCAGCAAGCUGCAGCAGAUACGAGAUUGCUGAGAUGAGGAAAGCCAGUGAAGGGAAACUCCCUGGAGAAAGGUGACGGAUCAGAGCAGAAGAACCUGGAGAAACUCUGCUCCAGCGGAACCGCUAGGGCUGAGUAACUGCUUUCAGCUACUGGAGGACGUGUCUGAACAGUGGGCGGCCUGCAGAGGAGGAAUGAACAAGGGCACCUGUGCGAUGCAGAGCACGAUGCAGAAAGACUGUUGGCCAAGAAAACGCCAAAAGUGGCCAUUGUGGCAGACCCCUUGUUGCAUGGGAUUGAAACCCAAUGACCCAUGGACUGGCCAGGUGUGCUGUCUCCCCGGAGCUUGGAUUAAGGAUGUGAGUGAAAGAUUGUCAAAGCUCAUAAAGCCCAUAGACAUCUAUCCCUUUUUACUAAUCCAUGCGGGAACAAAUGCUAGUGCCAAAUCGAGCUACAAAAAUCACAUCAGAUUUUGAAGCUUUGGGAAGGAAACAUAAGAACGUUGGGAUCCAGAUAGUGUUCUCACCUAGCCUCCCAGAUCUUAGAAGAGGAUUAGACGGGGAAAGAAGAACACUCCAGGGGAACAGCUGGCUGGGAAGGUGAUACCAGCAUAAGAGAUUUGGAUUUUGGUACCACAGACUACACAGACUACUUGGAAGAUGGAUUGCUAGCAAGGGACGGGUCGCACGACACCAGAGCUGGAAAGAAUGUGUUUGACCACAGUAUUUCAUCAGGAGGGCUUUAAACCCAGUCUGAUCAUGGAGAGAGAUGAUAACUUGGGGACAAGAGUAUAUGAAGGCUUAUGUAUCAUAACAGAAGAACUUUAGUAGUGCCCCCAGUUUGUCUUCUCAGUAACAUAGGAAAGAAGCCAGAGCAUAAAAACACAAAGGCUUCAGUGUCUAUACACUAAUGCCCAGAUAGUAUGGAAAACAAACAGAAUGAACUCUUAACAUAUGAAGGCAAAUACAGCUUGAUAGGUAUUACUGAAAAUUGGUGGGAGGUUCCUAUGACUGGAAUAUAGCGACUGAAGGAUAACUUGUUCAAAAAGUAAAGAAGAAAUAGGAAAUGAGGCAGUUGCGUUAUAUGUUUAAAUUACUUAUCCUUGCAUUGAAAUACAAGAUGAGUCUGGUAGCAUACGGGACAGAAUAAAUAUGUCAAGAAAGAAAAGGAACAUGACAGUCAAGAGGGUACUGCUGACCACCCAAUCAAGGAGAAGAUGAGGAUGAAACCUUUGUUAAGCAAAUUGCGAAUAGUUCAAAGAAGUAGUAAUGGGGGACUUCAGUUACCCAGAUAUCUGAGGGGAAACACAUUCUAGCAAAAGUGGUCCCUCCAAGAAAUUCUUGACAUGCAUGGCAGAUAAAUUUCUUCUACGGAAAGUAGAGGUAGGAACUAGAAGAGCAGCUGUCCUUGACUUAAUACUGAUGAAUUGGGAUGACUUAGUGGAUCAAGUGGAAGGUAUGGGGACUCUGAGGGAAAGUGACUGCAACAUACUUGAGUUCUUGAUUUUAAGGAAAGAAAAAAUGGAGCAUAACCAUACAUGUACUCCGGAUUUUAGGAAAGCCAAUUUUAAUAAACUCAUGACAAGUACAAACCAAUGGUGAGUGCCCCUAAGGGAAAAUAGAGUCCAAAAUGGGUGGGAAUUUAUAAAAAGGGAAAAUUUAAAGGCACAAUUUUAAACAAUUCCAACAAAAAUAAAAGCAGAUGACAGAAGAAACCAAGAUGGCUUUACCAAAAAAAAAAAAAAAUGAGUUGACCUAAAAACAAAAAAGGCUGUAUAUAGGAAGGAAACAGAGUACAGACAAAUACAGAAGAAGAGAACAGACAAAUGUCACAGAAAUGCAGGGAUGAUAUCAGAAAGGUAACGCUGAGAAUGAGCUGAGGCUAUCAAGGGAUGCUAAAAGCAGCAGCAGCAAUAAAAAACCUUUCGGGUAUGUUCACAGUAAAAGACAGAAAAGAGAUGGUGGCUCAGCUUCUCAGUGAGGAGGGCAAAGCAAUAACGGAGGACAAAGGCCACAGUGUCCAGUUCCAACUUUGGCUCAGUCUUUUCCCCAAGACGGCUCUAUGACCAUCCUGGAAAAACAUGAAGGGUACGAACUUAAGGGUCAGGAUUGAAUCUCGAGAUUAAUAAACACAUGAUCAAGGAACACCCAGUUUAUUUGAAUGAGCUCAGUUCUCCAGGACCUGAUGAACUGCUUCCUAGAAUAAUAAAGGAACUGGCAGGAGAAUUCUCAGAACCACAGUUUAUUAUCCCUCAGAAAUCGUGCCACACGAGUGAAAUGCAAAUGACUUGGAGAAGUGCUAAUGUCCCUAUCUUUACGAAGGGCAAAGGGAGAAUCCUGGGAACUAGAGACCCACCAGUCUGAUAUCAAUCCCUUGGAAAAUUCUGGAGCAGAUAAUAAAGUCAGUUGAAGCACCUUGAAGACAAUGGAAUAAUUACUAGAAGCCAGCUUGGAUUUAUCAAGAACAAGUCUUGCCCAACUAAUCUGAUCUCAUUUUUUGUGGACUGUGGGGAGUGCUGUGGACAUAAUAUAUCUUGUUUUCAGCAAAGCUUUUGACAAAGUGCCCCAUGACACUCUGCUCUGAAAACUAGCUAAACAUGGCUAGGUGGAUCCAAAAUGGCUACAGAACUGGACUCAGGAAUGCUUCUCGAUGGCGCCUUCUCAGGCCCGGGAGAGGUACUGCAAGGCUCAGUCCUGGGCCCAGGGCUCUUUAGCAUUUGUAUUAAUACUUUGCAUGAGGAGGUGCAGGGAAAGCUGAUCAGUUUUUCAGAUGACACAAAAUUGAGUGUGAUAGCAAAUACCUUGGAAGACAAAACCAAAAUUCAAAAUGAUCUUGAUAGGCUGAAAGCAACAGAAUGAAAUUCAACAGGGACAAAUGCCAAAUUCUGCAUCUAGGAAAAGAGAACCAAAUGGACAAUUACAAGAUGGGACAUAAUUGACUCAAAAAUACCACAAACAAAAAGGACCUCAGAAUCAGUGUAGAUCACAAGCUGAAAUAUGAGUCAACAACUUGGUUUGGUUACAGAAAAGGCAAGUGCUGAAUUGCGCUGCAUUAAUAGAAAAUAAAGCUUCCAAAUCAUGUGUCCAAUUCUGAGCACCACAAUUUAAGAAAGAUGCAGACAAGCUGGAAAGGGUUCAGGGGAGGGCAAAAUGAAUGAUCCAGGACCGCAAACAAAGCCCUGUGCGGAGCGAUUGAAAGAACCAGGCAUGUUCAGCCCAUGUCAGGAAUUCUUUAACUGGUGUCCUGCACUGAGCAGGAGAUUGGUCUCAAUAACCUUAGAAGCCCCUUCUAACUUUUCUGUUCUAUGAUUCCAUCCCAGCUUACCCUUUUUUCCCCCCCGGCUAGCUGGAUGUGCUAGAUUUUAAAAGCCCAAGUCUCCAGACUUAAAAGGGUGAGUGCGAGAGCUGUGAUUUUGAGCCAUUAUCAUCAUCUGGUGAAGUCACACCACUUUCCUUGCUCACUAUUUUUUUUUUCUGGAGCUUAUUCUUGAAAAUAAAGGUGGUAAUGGAGGCCAGGACAUUGCCUGACAUCAUGUUAGUUCCCAGAUUUUUAAAAGUAAUAAAAUAGGCAGGUCAAGGGGCCUGGUGGACACCAAGAGAAUUGUCUGUGGGUAUAUGGGGACCCACAGAUAACACACUGGGCACCCCAAGACAAAGACAAAUGCAGGGAAACCUUUGCCAGUUCUCUGUUAAAAAUCUGUUCUGUGCUUUGAGCUGAAAUUAAGGUGAUUGGAGGGAAAUUUUUUACUCCAGUUUCAAACUUGAGUGCUACAGUUGAGAACCAGUAGUGGUAGAUCAGGUCGGGACUUGGCCCGGGGAGGGAGUUGGUUUCAUUUCCUCGUUCUGCUCUGGCAUUUGCUAGUGACUUUGACCCAAUCAUGUUAAUCUAACCUACUUUGCAGGGUUGUUGUGCAGGUGAAAUGAAGAGAAGACUUAUAUAAAUUUAAGUUCCUUAGAGGGAGGAUAAGAUAGCAAUACAGUAAACAAAGAAUAUGCUGCACUAUUCCUAGAGGGACAGUAUUGGGCAGAAUUAGCAGGCGAUUCUUCCCUGCCCUGUGAAUACUCUCAAGAACUGGGGAAGGACAGCUGGUACCACUGACCCAAAAGUUGGAUUCCUGCAUGGGCUCUCUUGACGGCUGCAAGUGGCAGAGCAUGAGAGUAGAGGCAGGGGGGGCCAGAGGCCACUUUGUUUGCUAGUGCACAGAAGAACACCAGUUGCAAGGCAGUGGAGGAAGUGGGAGGUGAACUUGUGGGGUUUUCCUGGCACAAGGGAUUUUGCUGCCCAAGGUGAAGGGCAGGAUGGCACCGGCCCUCUUCCCCCGUACAUGAUCCGGCCUGAUCACAGCUGAAUCUUGUCUCGAGCGUGGCAAGAAGACGGCAGCGGCCGCCGCACCUCAGGUCUGCAGGUUCACCUAGGAGGGCGAUGGGGGAACCUGUGGCCACACACUAGCCAGAGGCAGCCCUCGCACCCUGCCUCAUGCCUUGACUCAUGGAGAACAUUUAUUUUCCUUUUUAGAUUGGCUGUGUUUUGUGCUUGUUCCCUGCAAUUGAAAUAAAUUAUCUUUCUCUCAUAA